AUGGCGGAUGAAAUUGUUUUGAGUUUUCAAGACAGUCUUCUUCGUCAAUCAGAUCUAAGAUUGCUGGAAGAAGGUCGGUGGCUAAACGACAGACUUAUAGGAUUUAUGUUUGAGUAUGUAUUUUCUUCUUCUCUUCCAAAAAUGUACAGAAGCGAAUUUUUGCUCGAUAAGUCUCGUUUCUAACCGGUCGAAAGUUAACUUGUCUUUUUGUAAUUUUCAAUUUAUGAACGAUACCGGGAAAAGAUAUUGAAUUUGUACAAAGAGACAAAAUCUAAGAUUUACAGCCGAGGAUGUAGCUGUUAUUUAAUAUUUUGUUUAAAGAACGAAUGCAUGUGUGACCGGUCAACAUGCGAGUCAAGUUUUUUCGCCAGUCAGUCGCCAUUCUGGCCGGACAUUGGGCUAUUACAUUUAAUAUUCGUACCAGCCUUCCCCCCCGGCUUGAGGACUUACCAUUUCUUCUUACCCUUGAAGACUUAAAAUUUGGGGCUCACCCCUGAAGAAUACGGGUUUACCUCUGAAACAUUUCGUAAAAAGUGAUUUUUCCUUGUUCACCCCUGAAGAUCAAGAUUGUGUUAGAAAUUAAAGGUUCAACCCCCUCAAAAUUCCAUACUCUUUUUUAAAAUUAACUCCUAAAGAAAUCGUCAAUUUUUAUAACUUAUCCCAGAAGAAUUUCAUUGGACCUCAAUCAGGGGAGAAAGAGGGUAGGUAUUACAAUUAAUGCAAUAGUCCAUUGUCUGUUUACUGGCAGGCAGGUACAAAAGUCGGACCGGAUCAACUCGGACCGCCAGUCCGGGUCGGAUCAACUCGGAUCAACUCGGGCCAACUCGGAUACAAUAAAAAAAUAAAAAUAAAAUAAAAUUGGACUCGGAUCAACUCGGAGCAAUUAAAAAAAAUAAAUUAAACCAGCAAAACUGAAAGUUUAACCCAUUUGGAGGGUAAAAAAGGCUAGAUCAUCCUUUUUUUCUCCGUGGCUUUCAGGCGCCAUUUUGUUUUACUAGUGCCAGUUCCUCUCGGAUCAUGUUAUAAACUCGUGGUUGUGGUUCGACAGUAGAGAAACGAUAGUUUCAGUCGCCUAGAAUGUAUAUAUUUGCUUAUUUAUUAGACUACUGAAUUAUUUAUCAGAAAAGCAUCAAAAGCCUGGUCUGUUGAUCGCAUUUAGAUAGUUACCGAAGAGUGUUUGUUUGUUUGUUCCUGUUUUUUUUUUUCUGCAGGACUUCUGAAACUUAAUUUUAAUGAUACACUAGUGAGCAGCACACGUACAUUUCCAGUGAACAUUUUUAACUUGGAAGGAGGAGAAACCAUGCUCGCCCUGGACAAAGGAAAUUUCCAUGCCCUUGGCAAGAAUCAAACUCGCGACCCUCCGGUUCAGUGGUUGAAAAGCCCGAUAAACAUGUAGUAUUCGGAGGGUCGUGAGUUCAAUGCUCGCCUGGGGUACGAAAAUCUUUGUUGUCCCGGGCGAGCAUGAUUUCUCCUCCUUCCAAGUUGAAAAUGUUCACUGGAAGUGUAUGUGAGCUGCUCACUAGUGUAUCAUUAAAAUUAAUUAAAAUAAAAAUAAAAUUAAUUUACGCAACCACGAGUUCGUGAGAAAAAAACGAAAUGGCGGGUGAAACUUGAGUGAUACCGACUGAUAUUUUUCUUUUUAUAAUCUGAGUUGUUUUUUUUUUUAUGAUCCGAGUUGAUCCGAGUCCAAUUUUAUUUUAGUUUUAUUUUUUCAUUCGAUCUGAGUUGGUCCGAGUCGAUCCGAGUUGAUCUGACCCAGACUGGCGGUCCGAGUUGAUCCGGUCUGACUUUUGUACCUGCCUGUUUACUGGCCAUUAUUUUGAGCCUUGGCUGCCUCCACUAUGGUGGACAGAGGAAAUUGGCGGUGUGCAAUAAACACAGACCACAGACUGGCAAGUAGACAAAGUAACCAUUGUUGUAGAAUGCUCUAACAUAUUCCCUAUCCCUAAACUAGACUUUUAAAUGACUAAUAGUGACCAAAAUAACUUUUCUUCAAACGACAUCCAUACAUUGUCAAGAGAUAAGGUUAUAAGAACAAAUAAAAUGAUCACCAAAGGGAAAAUGCUUUGAUCUUUUAUCAAAUUCUCUCAACUCAUUCUUCAAGGAAAUGUAUAGAGAUCAGUUUGGAGAAUUUGUAUGUUGAUAUUGGGGCUUAAAGGGUCAAAGCAUUCCACAACAAGGUUUUCCUCGUUUACCUGACAGUCUUCUUUUGUCGCACACCGGGAAAUUGGCCAUUGUAGAGAGGUGGCUGUUGGUAGAGGUUUGACUUAAAGUUUUAUCUAUUAAUGCCACAGUUAAUUUGAUUUGAUUGUAGUUACUUUACUCAUCAUCAGUUUGAAAAGAUUUCACAAGAUGUGCUUUUUAUCAGUCCUGAUGUCACACAGUUCUUGAAGCUUGCUGAAGGUAGUAACAAUCUUACUACUAUAGAAAUAGUAACAAUGAUAAAUUUCAAGCAAAUGAUAACAGCUACAUGUCAUUAAUGUAUAUGUUGUAGUUAAUUUUUUAUCCCAGGUAAUUUUUAAUUUUCCAUUGUUUUGGGGUAUGGUAAUAUAUGUCAAUAAAUUUGAAACAAAGGAAAAUAAAAUUUGAACCAAGGAUUAAAUUGAACCACAACAAAUCAAGUGGAAUCCUUUUCUUAGGCCUGUUCCCGGUAAAACUUUAUGAUUUCAUCCACAGACUCAAAAGUCAGAACCACCUUGCACAGCAUGAUAAACAGUACCACAGGAAAGUACUGCUCAGCAGCCCUCAUUUGAAUAGUCACACUGUAGGAUUUAUUUCUAGAUUCAAAUUUAGAAGUAUAUUGUAUAGCUCAGUAUCAUUUAUUUGACUCAAGUCUAUUAAAAAAAAUAGGAUCACUUCCAACAGCUUUACAAACAGUACCACAGGAAAGUACUGUUCAGUAGCUUUGACUUUAUGGCCACAGACUAGGAUUUCAUCCCACAGACCAAAAUGUUGGAACAACAUUUUUUCUUCAUAGGCCCAGCGCACCAAAAAAUCUUGAAUUCCAGCAAGCAGCCCUCUCAUUUUGCUUGUUGGGGUCAGCCUACUUGCUAGUCUCAGGUAUUGAUUUAAUUGGAAGAUGACUUGUCUCGACUGGAGCUUUUAGAGUUUUACAUGUACUUGCCAACCAAGAGAAACAUCUUAUCUUGGAUGACCAGAUGGGACUUUUUCAAGUCCUGAGGUCUCUUGGAAAUGAAUUGGAUGAAAACUGUAAUUUUUAUUAUUCAUUAAUUUUAUUUCCUUAGGUGUUGAUAUUGGAGAUUUCAUUGAGCCCUUAAAUAUUCCAAGUCAUAAGCUUGUGUUCUUUGCUGUGAAUGAUAAUGAAUCAACAAAUUCUGUUGGAGGAUCUCACUGGUAUACUGUCUUUAUACUUAUCUUUGACUUUCUUUAUUUACAAGAGCGAGCGAUUUGGGGUUAAUUUUGUGACAAAUAGUUGUGGUUAAUCCUGGGACUCAUCUUUAGAAAAAUCAUGAGUCGCUGUCCAGAACCAUUGAGUCUCAGUUUAAACGACAAGUCCUUGGGUUUUUAUGUAACCACAUAGUUAACUAAAUCUAAAGACAGUCUCCAAAAUUCUGUUUUACAGUUUACUGACAGAAAUAAAAAUAUGCUCCUUCUUUUGUCAAGCACAACAAAGACUCAAAGAAAUAUGAGUCAACGUGCAAAGAAAGUCGUGUACAAUAGCACGGGGCUAGUAGAUUUUGCUAUUGUGGUAGUGAUUUUUGUUCUUAACUUGCCCAACGGUUCUUAACUUGCCCAACCUCUUGCUCUUUUGACAUUCUCAUAGCCUGCAUAGCAAGCGUUUCUGUUUUGUCUUUGAGCAAAGAAUGAGGAAUGAGAGUCAACUGCUGCGCAAAAAAUGGCGCAAGUAAAAGAACGGGGAGGGGGUGGGGAGGAAAGGAAGGAAACGCUUGCAGACAAACCCCUGGAUUUUGAAAACUGCCCACUUGGCCUGUCAUGCCUGAGUUUGUGCACUGACAUUCGAUGCUGUCAUCAGCUGUCAUAAUUCACUGACCAAUAAAAUGUUUGGCCUUCCUUGGAGCGGAAAUGAACUUUAGAGGACGCAUGUGUGAAACCAAAAUAAUUAAUGUUAUUUUUUGUAUUUUGGACUGCGUGGACGGCGCUAAUGGUGAAAUCUCAAUGAAUCCAAACGAUCAAUGCAGGCUUUGCUCGUUUGUUCUUUUAAUCCGUCUAAAAGGAACGACCACAAGGGUGAAGUUUUGAAGUUUUUGCUCAAAACGGAAAGUUGGAUUUGAAGGGUGAAAUGUGACAAGCAUUCAAGUGAAGUAUUUUCGAUCCGCGACGCAUAUUUAUACAAGUUCAAAGCUCAGCUAGACAGAAUGUCUUACAGUUCUCGCCACGGCACAGAAAACUAGAGUAGCCCUUGUAAAAGGAUCUAAGAACAAAGCUAACCCGGCAACUGAUCAGAAAGUGGCAAUAAAAGAGGGCCACUUUUGCUCAAAAGAGGUCAAAGAAAAUGCUCUUGCAAUCGAGGGCAAAUCUUGUGUCACUUACCAUACAUGACCUCUCAGUAUGAAAAAAAUCUUUGAUUGACACAUGUCAAUAUUGUUGGACUAGCCGAGCCAAUCAGGCACUGCAUUCACUGGCGAAUGCAGACUUUCAAAAUGGAGGGCUUUGUCUGCAAGCGUGUCCUUCCUUCCCCUCCCCUCCCACCUCUUUCAUUUUUUAGCUCUCGUUUCAUUUCUCACGUGGUCAAAACCAAAACUCCCCUUCCUCUCUCUUCUUUGCUCUGAAACUAAACGUCAUUGCCAUUGCUGUUUUUAUAGCUUAAGUUCCAUAGAACUGUGAUUACAACUUGAUUACUUAUGUCAAAUUUUCUACAUUUAUUUCAGGAGUUUGAUUUUGUAUAAAAGACAAACAAAUAGUUUUCAUCAUUAUGACUCCUCCACUCCGUUUAACAUGUCAGCUGCCAGAUCCCUUGCCAAAAAUGUGGAGCCCUUCUUACUUGGUAAGCUAGGAAAAAGACCAGAUUUGUUUAGUGUUAUAAAAAAAUGAGUUUUUGAUACAUGUAUUUUGUGUAGGAGGAAUUGGGGAGGGGGGUUGGAAAAUGGGAAAACCACCUAGAAGAAUUUUAAAAAAAAGUUAAAAUGGCAUCAAAAUGACCCAAAUAUCAUUGUUAAAUAACCUCAAACCCAAAAUCUUGUUAAAGCACAACACAGCUGGUUGAAAUAAGAUUUCCUCCAAAACCACACCAAAAAUAAUGCAAUGUGGUGGCAUAAUUUUAAUAAUAAUUGAUGUAGUUAAUUUUCAUUUGCACCUAUAGGGUUAAAAAGAAAUGUGAAUUUUCAGCUUGACCAUCUUGUCCUUUGGGCAAGCAGCUCUCUCAUUUUGCUUGCCCAUUGUGCCACUUCGUGCUCCUCUUAGUUAAUGAUGAUUUAGUUAGAACAAGAUGAUUGGCUUAGACCCUUGCCCAGGGAAUUUUAAAAGUUAAUUUGUCCAGCAAGAAAAUCCUACCUGUCCUGGACAACUAUAUGGGACUCUUUUUGAGCCCUGACGCUAAUGUCAAAUGCACGAAACAUAUGAAUAGCUGCAAAAGAGCCUUAGUUACUUUUGCACUGGUCAUACGUGGAACUUUUGUGUAAGUCGUGAGAAAGGUCUGAAGCCGCACAUAUGCCAACUCUCCCAGAUUAUCUGGGAGUUUCCUGGAUAUGGCACCGAUCUCCUGCUCUCCCAUACUGGUCACCCAAUCUCCUAGAUUAAAUCAUCUUUUGAACUUUUCUGUGCUUUAGUUUGAGAUUUAGCCCAUUUUCCCCUCAAAAUUUUUGUUUUUCAUCUAUAGUACGUUUUCUCGGGCAUUUUUGCACAUAUUUAAUCUAGUCUCUAAUAAAGACUUUUCCACAUUAAAACAAUGAUUGUGAAUUUUGAUAGUAUGUAAUUCAUGUAAGACUUCAUAUAAUGUCCUAAGCCAUUCCCAUUCAGGCUGGGUCAAUUGGUUGGGGAAGCGGGAGGGUAGUUGGGUUGACAUUCGGGGGUGGGGGGUAGAUUUUAGAUCUCCAGAGGUUGGCAUCUUUGUGAGCGAGAGUCUAGCCUGAGUAUCAGGUGUUUCUGGGGAAAAGGGGAAAAAUGGAAGCGAAAAUCUAAAAUCUCCUCUCCCCUAACCCCGUAGGAAGGCCUGAUACUCAGGCUAGCGAGAGUCACAAGUCUGCAUGUAGCUUAAGAUUUUUCCAUUUACGUAGCAUCGAUAUAGGAAUAGCUUGUAUCACUGAUCAGUUUAAAUCCCCUAUUACAGUCAAGGACACUCCAUCAUUCAUUGAAGACAAGUGCCCCCAACAGCAAAAUGGUGAGUUACUUUUAAUUAAUAUGCUUAAUUUUACUACUAUAAUUUAAUUUUGUGUGUUGAUUUAUUUUGAUUUUAAUAAAAAAUGUAAGAAGCACAGUAAUAUAAACGGACAAAGUUUACUAUUAAAAUGGACAGGUAGGAUCCACAGUACAUGUAGUUUCAGUGAACUUUUGGUCUUGAGACACAAGAUCCACAAAGUGAAAUGAAAGCAAAAAUUCACUUUAGUUUAUUUAUUUGCUGAUUCAACAGGUUAUGAUUGUGGUGUUUAUGUCAUCACUAUUACAGAGGAACUUUGCCAAAACUUUCUUGGUAAAAGAGACAAAGCUCUCACUGACACCAUGACUGCAAAGGAUAUCACACAAAAAAGAGAAUUAUUAAAGAAACUUAUACUUAAUCUUGGCCAGGAAAAGACUUAAAGCUAAAAGUCUUGUAAACAAAGUCAGUUAGAAAAAGUACAACAAACCUUCCGAAUUUGCAAUCUGCUCAAAAGAUGGCAAACAUCUUAUCCUUAAGUUAAAUUAAAUCUCCCUUUAAGUAAAUUCGCCUUCUCUGACAAUUCAGCUUUCUUCCUACAGAAGCUUUUGCUUAUUUGAACAAUGUAUACAAAAUGGUCGCAUUAGCCAUGUACAAUAACCCAAUGAGUGACCAACAUCAAUUUUCUCCUAAGUAACAAUAUCGAGAAAAAAGGUUUACGAGAAUUAAUAAAAUGAUUAGUAGGAAAAUGCUUGAUCUUUCAACAAAUUCCAGCUAUCAGCUAAUUUUUCUAGGAAAUAUAUGGAC